AUAAGCACCACUAACUACACUAAACCCCAAAAGGAAAAAGAAACAUUUAUCGCCCUCAUCAUGGCACCAUUGCUAGACAAAUUCCUCCUCCGUGAGCUGGUCGUGGCGGUUGCCGUCUUCUACUUCACCCGCCUCAUCAUCCGAUCACUCCUCCAGAAAUCUCCGCGGCCGCUUCCGCCGGGCCCGAAAGGUUGGCCCGUAAUCGGUGCUCUUCCUCUCCUAGGCUCCAUGCCCCAUGUCGCACUAGCCCAAAUGGCCAAAAAAUAUGGUCCAGUAAUGUACCUCAAAAUGGGUACUUGUAAUAUGGUUGUCGCCUCAACCCCGGACUCCGCCCGAGCUUUCCUUAAGACUCUGGACCUCAACUUCUCGAACCGGCCCCCGAACGCCGGCGCCACCCACUUGGCCUAUAACGCCCAAGACAUGGUCUUUGCGGAUUAUGGGCCGAGAUGGAAGCUUUUGCGCAAGUUGAGUAACCUACACAUGUUGGGCGGUAAGGCCCUGGACGAUUGGGCCCAAGUCCGGAACUUUGAGUUGGGCCAUAUGAUACGGGCCAUGUGCGAGUCCAGUCGAAGAGGAGAAGCCGUCGUUGUGCCUGAAAUGUUAACAUACGCCAUGGCUAACAUGAUCGGGCAAGUGAUACUGAGCCGGCGAGUUUUCGUGACGAAAGGCACGGAGUCCAAUGAGUUCAAGGACAUGGUGGUGGAGCUGAUGACGAGCGCCGGGUUUUUCAAUAUCGGCGAUUUCAUACCGUCAAUAGCGUGGAUGGAUCUACAAGGGAUCGAGAAGGGAAUGAAGAAAUUGCACAAGAAAUUUGAUGUGUUGUUGACAAAAAUGAUGGAGGAACAUAUGGCUACAACCCAUGAACGUAAAGGGAAACCAGAUUUUCUUGAUGUUGUAAUGGCGAAUAUGGAAAAUUCUGAAGGAGAAAGGCUUAGUAUUACCAAUAUUAAGGCACUGCUUCUGAAUCUUUUCACUGCAGGUACUGAUACCUCAUCAAGCAUAAUAGAAUGGUCAUUAGCGGAGAUGAUGAAGAACCCUAGCAUCCUAAAGAAGGCACAUGAAGAGAUGGAUCGAGUUAUCGGUCGUGACCGGAGACUCCAGGAAUCUGACAUCCCAAAACUUCAGUACUUGCAAGCAAUAUGCAAAGAAACAUUUCGUAAACACCCAUCAACACCAUUAAACCUGCCUAGGAUUGCAGUUGAAGCUUGUGAGGUUAAUGGGUACUACAUACCCAAGAACACUAGACUUAGUGUCAACAUUUGGGCAAUAGGCAGGGACCCUGAUGUGUGGGACAACCCUUUGGAGUUCAAUCCAGAGAGAUUCAUGAGUGGCAAAAAUGCCAAAAUCGAUCCUCGUGGGAACGAUUUUGAGUUGAUUCCGUUUGGUGCUGGAAGAAGAAUCUGUGCUGGGACUAGAAUGGGGAUUGUGUUGGUUGAGUAUAUUUUGGGGACAUUAGUGCACUCUUUUGACUGGAAACUGCCUAAUGGGGUUGAUCAGCUUAACAUGGAUGAGGCAUUUGGGCUUGCAUUGCAAAAGGCAGUGCCACUCUCUGUUAUGGUCUCACCAAGACUUGCUCUUACUGCCUAUGCCUCCUAAAGUCAUGAAGUUGUGUGAUUUCUACCAAGAUUUGCUGUUCCAAGUCUGUGUUGUUUCAAUGGAUGUUGUUGAUGUUUUUACGUCUUGUUUGUGGGUUGCUACUUUAAUCUUUAUCGAUAUAUUGUAGCCAACUAUUCCUCCACCUUCUUUCUUCACAAUAAAAAUCCCAGUUUUAUUGUCUUUUGAGUUA